CUAAAAGGUCGACUCGCGGAGGACGUGUGCGAUUAGACGUCCUCUCCACAGCUAUGGAAAUAUGUGAGACGUACCUUAACAAUAAGGAGCACAAUGACAUAGACCAGAAAGUGUCUAAACUUAAAUCACCUGAACUCUGGAAAGAAUUCUUACAUAGCUAUUACCGGGUCAUCCAUGACGGCGCAUCUAUAGACCAUGCUCACCUCUAUGCAGAGCAGUGCCGUUAUCUCUUAAAUAAGCUAGAAGCAGUGUUCCCACAGUUAGAUAUUGAAGGUGGAAGGAACAUCUGGAUUGUAAAACCCGGAGCUAGAUCCCAAGGAAAAGGGAUUACGUGCAAGGAUAAUUUGGAACGCAUACUAUCAGUUGUGGAUUUUGAUCCAGUGAUGGUAGAUGAUGAAUUAUGUGUAGUGCAGAAAUACAUUGAGCGGCCACUCCUAAUCCAUGGAACCAAAUUUGAUGUGCGUCAGUGGUUCAUGGUAACGGAUUGGAACCCUUUGACUGUAUGGUUCUACAAGAGGUGUUAUCUCCGCUUCUCAUCUCAGUGUUUCUCUUUGGAGACUCUACACAGCUCUGUACAUCUAUGCAACAAUGCCGUACAGAAGCAUUAUAAGAAUUCCCCAAAACGUCACCCAGAUCUUCCUGCUGAGAACAUGUGGUUCGACCACCAGUUCAAGGAUUAUCUGCAGCAGAUAGGAGCAACCAAUGCUUGGGAUGACAUAAUCUUGCCAGGAAUGAAAGAAAUUAUCAUCCAAACAAUGAAGAGUGCACAGGAUAAAGUCGAGCACAGGAAAAAUACUUUCCAUCUAUACGGUGCAGACUUUAUGUUUGGCGAGAAUUUCCAGCCAUGGCUGAUAGAAAUCAAUGCCAGCCCUGCACUCUCAAAAGCUACAUCAGUAAGCAGCAGGCUCAGUGCACAGGUCCAAGAAGACAUCCUACGUGUCAUUCUUGACCGAAAACAAGACAGCGAGUGUUAUGUGGGAGACUUUGAGCUCCUAUAUCAACAGCCUGUCAUCAAAACAAUUCAAGCUCAAAGACCAGACCUGCUAGUGAAAGGAACGGCUAUUAGAAAACCACAUCUCUUAGAAAAGCGUUAUGCUGCUAGGGACACCCAGCCUGACAUCCAGAAAGCUAGUGUCAAACCUAGCAUUAAAGUGCAAGUUGAAAGCCUAGAAGGAGCCAAGCAGUGCACCAAACAGAUACCAGAAACAAUCCAAAAGGCAAAGGACCCUGUGGUGCCAAAGAAAGAUCUAAAGCUCCUUAAUGUGAAUUUUGAUCAAGCAAAGAUAGUGAGAAAAGAGAAAGUAAGAGAUCAUAGCAAAGAAAGAGACAACCAAAGAUUCACCAAACUUGCAACAGAAAAGCCUCUAAAAGUGAAGGAAUCUGUGUUACAUAAGGAAAGAGACUUUAUAGAUCUAAAGCUUCCUAAACUAGAACCUGUCCAAGCAAAGCCAAAGAGGAAAGAGACUAAACAACUACGAGACCGAAGCAAUGAAAGAGCGAAUGAGAGCCUGUAUAGGCUCUCCAACACCAAACCUGUAUUAGAAAAGCCUUUUAAGGUAAAUGAUACAGUCAAAAAACUUGAUGACAAAGAAAAGCUUAAACAACAUCCAUGUAUAUUCUGCAAAGGGCAAAUAUGUACUUGCCCCAAGCCUAAGAAACCAGCUUUUGUGAGUACUGGUUUUCCCUCAGAUAUUUUAAAGAGACCAAAAGUGAAUAAGUAAUGAGAAUAACAGUGAGAAAAUGAAGAGAAGAAAGAAGAAGAGACAACAUAAAUGGUACUCAGAAUAGUGCAAGGAAUAACGCCUGAUCAUAACCGUUUCAUGCCUGUUCUAUCUCAGGAUAGAUGAUCAUGGCUGCAUGUUAAGACUGUUUUGACAUGAAAAUAUUCCCCACAUUUUAUCGUUCUUUGAAUCUCUGUGCCGCAUGGGAGGGUGGGUUGGAUGAGGAAGGACAGUUGCCCUUCCUCACGUGAGCGGAACAGGGAGUGGGGACUACCUCUGAGUACCUUUGUCAUUAGUGAUAUACACAGAUGGACUAAAAAUACAGAAAAAUAUGCAGAGGAGAGAAUAAUGACCAAACAGAAUCACUAGUAACUACAGUAAUGGAUCAGAAGAUAAGAAAAGAUUUUGAUGGAUCCCCAUCAUAUAAAACGCUAAAAAAAAUCUAGAAUUUUUCUAGCUUCAGGAGUCGGCGUAUCAGUUGGAGGGAACCAUCCAUAAGGAAGUGUCAGUCAGAUGACUGGAAGUUAACUUCCCAGAUAACCACUUGCUACUUCUUGUAUAAAUAAAAUAUCACAUUUUUCUGUUUA